GGUUAAUUAUAGAGAAGCGAAGCCGAGCGCAGCGCUAACGAGCGCACAGUUGCGCUCACGCAAUGAGCUGCAACCAAAAAAUAAAAGAAAAUGACUAAAAAAAAAAAAACACCAACUUAAAAAUUUUGCUGCCAACAAGCUGCUUAGAAUGAUCAGAGGCCUGGGCAGAGCGCUGCCGUUGAAGUUCAUUAAGCAGCGUACGCUUCAGUCUGCGUCCACUUAACGAUGUCACUUAUACGCCCCAUUGUGCGCUCAAACUCAACAACGGCCAGCCAGGCAGGCUACCAACCAACCAACCAGUCAGCUAACCACUUAGCCUGCUUUCGUUAUCGUGCGCUCUAUCUCGCUCUAUGUCAUUGGCUGUCUCGCUCGCACACUGUCACACGCAUACGACGGAGUCUUUUGUGCGCCCCACCGCCGCCAGGUCCAGGCGUUGCGAUGCGUAUAAACCGCAAAUUGGAUGCGAUAUUAAAUUGUCUGUGCAAAGCGCAUAUAAAUUUUUGUUCAAUUUAAAGCAAGCUGCAAAGCCGAGCAGAGAGACUAACAGAGAGUGAGAGCGAGCGCGCACUCAAGCAGAGACAGAGCGUGAGAGCAAGAGCGAGCGAGCGUAGUGCGUGUUUGGCUGUCUCACUUUAUUGAGAGUCUCAAGCUAAACUACUCUACGCAUACCCUAUAUAAAUUUAGCGACUUGUACUUAAUUAGCAAGCUGCUUACGAAUUUGUAAAUUUGUCUAAAAUGCAAUUAGGCUGAAUAAAAAUUGGCAGCAAGUCCAAGUACACAAGAGCACAAAGCAUUCAUGCAUAUAUGACUAGCAACAAACCAGGCAUAAGCAAACAACAAGAGCGCGAGGGGUGCGUGAGGAGGUCUGCACAUUUUAAAACAUAAAAAGCUGAGAUCCGUUUCUUAGCCAACGAAGCGCUUAAACAAACAAAUUUUGCGCUAAAUAAUUUGACAAUUACUCACAUACGCAAGCCGCUUGGCUGUUGGGUGGCAAAAGCGAGAAAAGAAAAAAAAACAACUUGUAAGCUGAAAAGAGAGCGCAAUAGCUGACUAUUUCACUUAGUUGCUGGCGUUGCUGCUCAAUGUGGCUAAGACCCCAAAGAACAGACCAUUACGCUUGCUAAACGAGUGCUGGGCAAAUUAAAUCAUUAGAUGCUAGUCGAGAUUAGUUGCCGAGCUAAAGGAGGAGCCUCACUCAAAAAAAAAACAGACUAUACAAUAAGAAAAAACUCACUCACUGCUCACUGUGUGGGGCGUAUGCCGAACGACACAGAGAGAGCGAUAGUGAGUGAGAAAGAGAGCGAGCCACCACCAACACACAAAAGAGCGACAGAUUUUUAGCGUUUAACUUGACACGAGCUGCAGCAGCAGCAGCAGCAGCAGCAUCUGGCAGCAACCCCUCGAACUCAUUUACGUUUCAACGUUGUCAGCGUACAGAGCAGUGUGUCGCGCGCGCGGAUUACGCUCAACAGCAGCAGCAGCAAUAUCUAUCCCAGCAGCAACAGCUUUGGUUCUUUUGCAUUACGGCGCCGGCAACAUUGACAGUCGAUUGGCUGCCAGCAAGCAGACAACAACACGCAGCGGCAAGUGCUCCACUGCUCUCAAGUGUCUAGUGCAUAUAGCAAUUAGUGUUUUGUUAGUGACAAGUGUGACAAGUGUUACGACAUGGUGAUGUUGCAAUCGCCAGCACAAAAGCUUAACAGCGACAACAUUGGCUCACAGCCCACAGCGGUUGGUGGCCUAAUGAGUCCCAAUUCGCAUCCCGAUUCGCCCAAGUCCAACACCUCGCCGGAGUUGGCCAACACGGGCGGCAACAGCAACAGCAAUAGCAACAACAGCAGCAGCAGCAACAGCGAGCUGCUCAACGUCAACAGCAGCAGCGCCAACGCUACUGCAGCCAAAAUACCCAAAUUCAUUAUCAGCGCCAGUGCUCAGUGCGUUAAACAGGAGCAGGAUCUGCGCUUUAAUAUUGAGCGCUUGAAGCAAAUGAGCAGCGAAGGCAGCUUGCUGAGUCGUCUCAGUCCCAAUGCCGAGCAGCAGGAUAAGGAAAAGUCCAACAACAAUAACAACAGCAGCAACAAUAAUAAUAAUAUUAUUAAUGCGCGUCGCUCGCAGUCGCCACCCAGCGCUGGUGGUUUCAACUUGCCUGUACAGCAACGCAAACUGCUGGAACUUAAUGCUGUGCGUCAUUUGGCGCGUCCGGAGCCACUGCAGCAUCCGCAUGCCGCGCUGCUGCAGCAACAUCCACAUCUGCUGCAAAAUCCACAAUUUCUAGCUGCCGCUGCAGCACAACAGCAACAUAUGCAGCAGCAGCAGCAACAUCAACAUCAUCAUCACCAGCAUCAUCAUCCAGCGCAUCCACAUGCGCAUUUGCCUGCUGGCGCUGUCUUCCAACUGCGUGCGCCCGUUGCGCCGCCCUCACCAGCUGCAUCGCCUUUGUCGCCACCCACUUCUCCAGGCAGUGGCGCUGCCCAGCAUACACCCGUCGAUCCAACAGUCAAUCUGCCACCUGCGCCACAUUCCAGCCAAACAGCCGCAGCACCGCAGCCGCCUUCAUCAGCUGCAGCCAGCGACAUGGACUUGGAGCGCAUUAAGCUGGUUGCUGCGGUAGCCAACGCACGCUCCAACCAGCAGCAGCAGCAGCAACAGCAACAACAACAGCAAGCGCCCUGCCCUGCCACUGCGAGCAGCAGCAGCAGCACUUCUCCACCCACUGGCCGCGAUUUAAGUGAUUACGGCUUUAGAAUACAAUUGGGUGGCCUGGCGGCCGCAGCAGCUGCCGCCGCAGCCACUUCAAGGCAAAUUGCUGCAGCUAAUUAUGCACGCAGUGAUACGAGCGAAGAACUCAAUGUGGAUGGCAACGAUGAGGACAGCAAUGAUGGCUCCGGUUCGCAUAGCACGCCGUCGGUUUGUCCGGUGGACUUGACACGCUCCGUGCCCAGCAAUGGCAAUGCCAAUACCAGCUCAGCUUCAACUAGCGCCGCCAGCGAUCGUGAGGCCACCAAGCGUUUGGCCUUCUCGGUGGAGAAUAUACUGGAUCCCAAUAAGUUUACGGGCAACAAUAGCAAAGCAGCCGCAGCGGCAGCAGCUGCUGCAGCCUUUGGACAUGCGCGUCCUUGGGGCUAUGAGCGCGAUGAGGAUAUGCAGGAGCAGCUGGAUGAUGAGCAUAGCGAGGACAUGUCUGCUCAGGAUCUCAAUGACAUGGAUCAGGAUGAUAUGUGCGAUGAUGGCAGCGACAUUGAUGAUCCCAGCAGCGAAACUGAUUCCAAAAAAGGCGGCAGUCGCAACGGCGAUGGCAAAUCCCAAGGCGGCGGCGGUGGCUCCAAGCCGCGACGUGCGCGCACCGCCUUCACCUAUGAGCAGCUGGUGUCGCUAGAGAAUAAAUUCAAAACUACGCGCUAUCUAAGCGUCUGCGAGCGACUCAAUCUGGCGCUGAGUCUGAGCCUAACUGAAACACAGGUUAAAAUUUGGUUUCAGAAUCGCCGCACCAAGUGGAAGAAACAAAAUCCGGGCAUGGAUGUCAACAGUCCGACGCUGCCGCCGCCUGCGGGCGGCUCCUUUGGACCCGGUGCCUAUGCCAGCAGUCUGCUCUAUCCACAUGCCGUGCCCUAUCCACCCUACGGACCCUACUUCCAUCCUUUGGGCGCUCACCAUUUGGGGCAUUCGCACUCAUAAAAUUGCAAGAUGCAACAGCGUUUGUUGCAACUAUUUGAAAAGCGUGCCAAAACAGCGGAUGCUAGCGCUAUGUAAAUGUUACUAACUAUGCUUUAAGUGUUGUCCCCGCCUCUGUAUAUAGCUCUUGUAAAAAUGCUUAAACUAAACUUAAACUAAAGUAGUGCUUAAAUUGCUUAGACAAGCGUUGCUGGCUUAUAACUUAACUAAAUGUAUAUGUAAUUAUUUCUAAAUUUAAGUGUAAAGCAAAAUCAAAAAA